ACGUCAAGAGUACACAGAACCCGGCGCAGUUUAAUGACGAAAGCUGCCUGGAUACAAAUAUGGCCGAACGAGAGGCAUUGGAAAGAGAGAUAAAGACGUUAGAAAAUCUUAUUAAGGACCACAAGAGAGUUCAUGGUGAUACCCCGUCAAGUUCAUCUCAGUGGUUUAGUAAAAAACAUGACCUGGGAAGGGGCCGAGGUCACAACCCAUAUUACACUUCCUCAUUUUCCCAUCAGUCGCAGCCAUAUGGACCUCACACUUCCAGCCAAUGGAAGAAAAAAUACUCACUCAACAACAAGACAACCAGAAGCCUCACACAGCUUUCUGAGGAGAAUCUAAACAAGACCGGACAAGUUAAGGGUUUGGCACCUGAUGCUUGUGCUGUCUCUGGUGUCAAUAAGGUUUUGCAUGAGGGGACGAGUAAGGUGAGCACAGUGCCUUCAUGUGUUGUAAUGAGACAGGAGUCAUCACAAGGGAGUAACAAAAUCCCAAGUGAUAGUGGGGUCAUGCCAGUAUUAAAACCUACACAGACUAAUAUUGAGUCCAGUGCAGAUCUGGCAGAGUCGGCUUUAUUACAGUGCGGACUACACAUCGGACCCAAUGGGAAGGUGAGACACAACGUAUCGUUAAAUAUAAAAUGUUCAGCUUCUUCGAUUUUUCCCUCAUCUGAGGAGUCCAGUGCCUUUAACACAAAGCCCCAUGAGAAAUCCUACCUCACGAGCACUGUUUCAAGUAAUCAGACUGCAUUAAAGACAGUUAAGGACUCACAAACUCCGACUUCCUCCAUACCAACAGCAAAAAUUGGGCUCCAAGCAGAAUCUGCUCCAAAGGUUCAGUCGGCUUUGUCUCCUCAUAAGAAAUCUCGAUUUACCUGGGUGAAGAACCAAGGGACUAAAACCAGCCAAACAAAAUCAGACAUCCAGCAUUUUUCAAAAAGCUCAGAUUCAGUACCUACUGCUUCUCCUGUGGUGGCCAAGCAAACCCAGACCUCUAGCAAGAAGCAUCAUUGCAAGCUCAGUUUUUCCCCCGGUACCCGUAAGACGUCAAAGUACUCUUGGGUGUCGUCGUCGUCUUCCCCCAAAGAAGCUGCCAAAUCAGCCCUUGCUAACCCCUCUCACAAACUUUUACCCAAAGCUCCUAAUAAUCCUAGAAAAUCUCAUGAGAGCCUUGACAGUCGCUACCACUGGAAGGCAGUUGCAGCGUCCUCCACUGUGUCUGCGCACGUGUCCAAACUGAGGUCUUCUCGGAAGUUCUCUGUGUAUCGAUGGACCGCGCAGAAGGACGAGACGAAUUCGGCAUCUCGCGUCCAGCACAGUCAUUCCACUCCUCUUUCUAGCAGUGGAUUCAAGCUGAGGAGCAGAACCAAGAUCAUCAGACCAUACAGCAACAGUCCUGCUUCACAGAGGAGGACUAGUGUCGGCGUGGAGACCGUCAGGAGUCGCUAUUCACUCCGCCGGGGGACGCAGGCUCAUGUUAAAUCCCUUAGCGGUGUCAGACGAGGCCAAUCCAGAGUGCUGCGUCUCUCUCCAUCCAGCUUCAGCACUGCUCCAUGGAGCUCAAGAACAGACCCAUUCUCUCUCCUGGUACAGAAUCCGGCAUCUCAAAGGGUCAUUAAAACCCGCUACAAGAUUGACACGCGCAGGACACACCUCCAGCACCAUAACCCCGCCCUCUCUUACAGAGUCAAGAGAGUCCAGUCAGCAAGAUUUCUGCUACAGUCACGUCUGCGUGCACCCCCAGACAGACAGUGGAGGGGGCGGAACAUUCGGUGGAUUGGCGGUGCGCUCUACAGAGUCUCAGCCAAUAAGCUGUCCCGCACACAUUCUCCCGACACUUCGUCCAACAGAUCAGGAAGGUUGUUCAGUCCUCAAGAAGUACCAUAUGGCAGCAGCAGCACAUACAGGACCUCCAACACACGACAUGUGGCCAGUCGGGCGGUGCAGAAGAGUCUGACCAUCAUUCGCCAGGCUCAACAGAAGAAACAGCAGGCCAAAAACUACUGCAUGUACUACAACCGCUUUGGCAAGUGUAACCGUGGCUCAGCCUGCCCCUACAUCCAUGACCCGGAAAAGGUUGCCGUUUGCACAAGGUUUCUCAGGGGUACGUGUAAGCAGACAGAUGGAACGUGUCAAUUCUCUCACAAAGUGUCCAAAGAGAAGAUGCCUGUGUGUUCGUACUUCUUGAAAGGAAUCUGCAACAACAGUAGCUGCCCGUACAGCCACGUCUACGUGUCUCGUAAAGCGGCAGUGUGUCAAGACUUCAUCAGGGGCUACUGUCCUCAGGGAGAGAAGUGUAAGAAGAAACACACACUUGUAUGUCCAGACUUCUCCAGAACUGGUGUUUGUCCCCAAGGGGCUAAGUGUAAACUGCAGCACAGACAAAGGGUCAAGUGUGCUGAAUCCAGACAGAGCUCGGGCCAUGGUAAAAAAGCCCACAGUCGUGAAUCAACAAAGAGUCCCAGGCCAGAGCCAGAGGCCACUCCAUCAGAGGAAGGCACACCUAAGAGCAAUCCUGCAAAGCUGCCCUCCUUUAUCUCUCUGUCCAGUUCCCCAGAGACCCCAGAAAGUGGUGUGAGCCCUUUAUGCCCCCCUGGUCCAGGGGCAGAGGGCACAGGAAAGAAGCUGCACAUCAAGCCUCGCUUUUAGAGACAACCCUGAAGCUGAAAACUCUCUGCAGUCCCUUCAACCCACAGAUGAUUGUUAAACAGCUGGAAUACUGAACCGCUGAACUUGGAACUUGGAAACUGCCAGAAAAUAUCCAGAAAAUCAUUCCAAAUUAUUAAUUACUGUACAUGUUCCAGUGCUUGAAUUACUCUCUAAUUUGGCUUAGAAUAGACAAGAUGUGAGUUCGGUACUGCAGGUAAGUAAUAAAUGUCCAGCUGUUUAACUUUUAGCAUGUCUAAAUCCAGAGAGUUUUGUCAUAAGGCUUAUUUUUAGGGGGUUUAUUAAUUUAACACGCAUUUAAGGUGCUUUUUUGAGGUAGUGCAUCUCAGGGACAUUUUUUGUCACUUUUAAAACAUUAUAACUUAGUUGUUUGUAUUGGAUAAUAUUGUAUUUUAUUGCAUACUAUUUAUGUUUGUGGUUGAAUUUCAAUUAAUUAUGCAAAUAAAGAUGUUGAUCAA